AUGAAGGUAGAGAUGGGAAGUGAACCAGUAUCUGGGCAGACGAUGAAUAUGACAUGAUAGCCUUUCUGUCCAGAACGCUUCCGGUCAUCUUCCCAUUAGACAGCUCUGCAAGCGUUAUCUUAUUGUAUGUGAAAAUGCGUUCGUUACUCACAAAAUACCUGCCCUGCCUGCAACUAUCGUAAUUUACUUCUGUUACGCCUGGUACAGUACCUUCAGAAAGUAUUCACACCCCUGACUUUUCCACAUUUUGUUGUUACAACCUGAAUUUUAAAUGGAUUAAAUUGAUAUUUUGUCACUGAUCUACACACAAUACCCCAUAAUGUCAUCGUGGAAUUAUGUUUUAGAAAUGUUUACAAAUAAAUAAAACAUGAAAAGCUGAAAUAUCUUGAGUCAUUAAGUAUUCAACCCCUUUGUUAUGUCAAGCCUAAAUAUCUUCAGGAGUAAAAAUUCGCUUAACAUGUCAGAUGAUAAAUUGCAUGUACUAACUGUGUGCAAUAAUGGUGUUUAACAUGAUUUUUGUUUUUAUGACUACCCCAUCUCUGUACCCCACACACAAUUAUCUGUAAGGCCCUUCAAAGUCUAGCAGUGAAUAUCAAGCACAGAUUCAACCACAAACACCAGGGAGGUUUUCAAUGCCUGGCAAAGAAGGGCACCUAUUGGUAGAUCAAUUUUAUUUAUUUAAAGCAGACAUUGAAUAUCCCUUUUGAGCAUGGUGAACUUAUUAAUGACACUUUGGAUGGUGUCUCAAUACACCCAGUCACUACAAAGACACAGGCGUCCUUCCAAACUCAGUUGCCGGAGAGGAAGGAAACCACAAAGGGUUUUCAGCAUAAGGUCAAUGGUGACUUUAAAACAGUUACAGAGUUUAAUGGCUGUGAUAGGAGAAACUGAGGAUGGAUCAACAACAUUGUAGUUACUCCACAAUACUAACCUAAUUGACAGAGUGAAAAGAAGGAAGCCUGUACAGAAUAAAAAUAUUCCAAAACAUGCAUCGUGUUUGCAAUAAGGCACUAAAGUAAUACUGCAAAAAAUAAAAAUGUACAAGCAACAGAAUAAAUGUUAAUGUAUUGUUUGUUGACCGGAAAAGGUGCCUCAGGUGCAUAUUUGGUGAGUAACGAGCUAUCUGGCUAAUUAAAACAUUUGCUAAAUGUAUCUUGCAAGGUCACAUAGCUGGCUGCAUCUUCAGUCAUUUUCACACAUGGUUCAAGAUGAUCCAGCCACCCAAGUCAUAGACUGUUCUCUCUGCAACCGCAUGGCAAGCGGUACCGGAGCGCCAAGUCUAGGUCCAAAGGCUUCUUAACUGCUUCUACCCCCAAGCCAUAAGACUGCUAAACAGCUAAUCAAAUGGCUACCCGGACUAUUUGCAUUGAACCCCCCCCCCUUUUUUUUACGCUGCUGCUACUCGCUCUUUAUUAUCUAUGCGUAGUCACUUUACCCCUAUCUACAUGUACAUAUUACCUCAAUUACCUUGACUAACCUAUGCCCCUGCACAUUGACUCGGUACCGUUACCCCCUGUAUAUAGCCUCGUUAUUGUUAUUUUGUUACUUUUUUCUUUUUUUACUUUAGUUUAUUUAGUAAAUAUUUUCUUAACUCUAUUUUAUUAAAAAUGCAUUGUUGGUUAAGAGCUUGUAAAUAAGCAUUUCACGGUGUUGUAUUCGGCGCAUGUAACAAAUAAAAUUUAAUUUGAUUUUAGUCUAUUUUUUUUAUUUGGAGAGUUGCUGUCAUGGCGUUUGCAAUAAUGCAUAGCUACCCCUGACCUUGAGCUAACAGCCUUCCUGUGUGUCAACCUGGUGUAACUUACUGAUGCAAGCGACAUGAGAGACUAGCUAGAAAUACUGUCACUGUUUCAUGCAUUCUAAUCAGAUUAUUUUUGCAUGCAUCAUUUAUCGUUGGCCUGUUGAUGGGAAAUUAUUCACAGCUCAAAGCUGUUGAGUACACAAAAACAACUACGAAAGCCACUCUUGAGACUUUUGUCACAGAAAAAGUUUGGCAAGUUUCUUCUUAAUUAUGCAUUAUGCAUAGUAGCUAGGAUGUCUAAAAUGCAAAACACAAGCAUUCUGGAUGACAUCAUAAUCAUGUUGGUUUACAACAUUAGGUUUGUUUUUCAUAAAGAAGUCAAAUCCGCUUCGUGUUUUGUUUCCUUGCCAUGAUACUAACGAGGAUCGUGAUACUGGUAUCGUCCCGGCCCUAGUUGACAGUUGACAGACAUUUGUCAAUAUGUGACCGACCGCCUCAAUUCGGUUUUAUGUAGCAACAUUUGAAAUUGUGUUUUUUACAUUGGAUAAAAGUAGAGAUUCAGAGCUACAAAAUGGUAUAUCAUACACUGUAGUUGAGGAACAAUGGUAAAGUAAUUCUGCUUUGAAAGUUGACAAACUUGUAACCCCACUUUUGAGAAAAUGGCCCUUGAAUGUUUUGGUUUGCCUACUGGAGAGCUCUUCUUUGUCUACACCUAUUCAGCAUCGUUCACACCCUUUUAAGCCUUAGCCCCCACCCUUCUCUUUAAGGAUUCACAUGUGAGGCCAUGUGCUAAACAGAGUAAGUAGUGUAGUAAACAACCAAAGAUUUCAUUUACGUCAUUUAGCAGAUGCUCUUAUCCAGAGCAACUUACUUUUUUUUUUUUUCAUACCCCCUGUGGGAAUCGAACCCACAACCCUGGCGUUGCAAACGCCAUGCUCUAUCAACUGAGCUACAUCCCUGCCGGCCAUUCCCUCCCCUCCCUGGACGAAUUGCGCGCCGCCCCAUGGGUCUCCCGGUCACAGCCGGCUACGACAGAGCCUGGAUUCGAACCAGGAUCUCUAGUGGCACAGCUAGCACUGCGAUGCAGUGCCUUAGACCACUGCGCCACUUAUUUCAAGACUAAAAGUGAUUUAAGUAGUAGCCUACAAUAAGGAAAAACUCCAGGUAAAAAUACACUUUAUCUAGUCUUUGGCCUAUAUCCUAAUCUGACUUUGAAAGUGUCCAGAUAAAAAUAUUUUAUAAUUAUUAGAUGAUGCUUACCCAGACACUUGUCUAAAUUGAUGGGUCAUGUGAAAGUAAUGCUAUAACCACCCCCAGCCACAUCUCGCUUAAGUAGAUGGGUCACUAUUGUCUAAACAUCUACACAUGUUCAUGAAAUAAAAUAGAUGGCCGUAAUCACCCCCAGACACCUGGCUAACUUGAUGGGUCAUGUAAUCGUUCUCUUGCAAUGUGGAGUAUUUUAUUUAGACAGGUAGGUAGCUAGCUAGCUAGCUAGCUAAACAGUAAACCAUAAUCCCAACCCAUAGCUACAGUUCGAACAGAUUGUCGUAGCUAGCCACCGUGCAUGUAAUGCUGGAGUAUGAAUCUGCAGGUAGCUAAAGCUAACCAACUAGGUUCAAUAUUAGCUAGCUAGCUAACAUUAGGCUAUAACUAGCAAUGCAAAUGGCUUUCUGAGAUACAAAUAAUAUUAGUACUAGGUCAUACACAAUCUAACAAGCUAACGUUCGCUAGCUAGCUAACAGUACACUUUAACUUGCAAUGAAAACAACUUUCUGACCAAAUUAGAAACGUAUAAUAUCUGAAAAUGUAGCUAGACUCUAACACCUUAUACAUGGAUGAAUGCUUCACGGCAGCAUGUCUUUUCCGGGCAGCAAUGUUGUUGAGAGCAGUAGCAACACUUUUGCAGUUUUCCAUGGCUUAUGUUAUAUUUUUCAAAAAAGCCACGGUAGCAAGGAUUAUCUACACAUACUGAGCAGCUCAUGUUAUAGACAGAAGCGUGCUACAUGGCAGACCAAUCCGAACUCAUCUCUAGACAUGUACAGCCUAUCCAUUAUCUCAGCCAAUCAUGGCUAGUGGGAAGGUUCCUCUCUUUUUCCGUGGCUAAACCAACUAGGCUCGUAAUUUAAUAAUGUUAUUCUUAUUUACAGAUGCCAUGCAAGUUUGUUAUUAAGGCACAUUAAGUUCACAUGUUCCAGAAGGCAUUUCUGCCUAAAAACAUAUUUUGAUUAAAAAACAAAAAAACAAACGGGUCACAUAUUGGCUUUGGGUGUCAUUAUUGUCUGGUGCACAACAAUGUGAGAACAUAACUUUUUGUGUGUUUUGGAACUUGUUUAGUCUCUGGGGUGCCCCCUGGCUAGUUGGUAAAUACGUUUUAUGAAAUCAACACACACACACACACACACACACUUGCCACUUUAUAUUUAGGGCACUUUGUCAAGUAAUGGAUGCAUGAUGGGACGGGUGGGGUCUUUCGUUUCCAAUUACAUUGUGAUUCCUUUCUUCGCCUGCAGGGGCGCUGUUGGCAGCAGAGCAUGUGAAGGGCAGAGUGAACGUGUCUGUGGAGGAGGGCAAAGACAACAAGCUCCGUGUCUCAGAGUGAGUACACAACAACCACAACACCUAGCAAUGGCUUUGUCUUCACAAAUGUUCUCAUGACAAUGUGUCAUUGAUGUGUGAAGAGAUGGUCAAGGAACUGGAUUUGUUACAUUUUAGGUUCAGCUACUUGAUACUGUUUAGUGUUUUGCAAAAGUACCAAUAGUGACUAGGCCUAUAUAAGGACGUUUUAUAAGGGCACUGACUGUGCAAUAAUCAAGGUUAUUGUCUGGCUGACAGUGGUUAUUCUCCCCCUCUCUCCCUUAGGUCAGUGCAGUUCAGCGAUGUGAACUCCAUCACUCGCUACCUUGCCCGCGUGACUCCCAGUCUGGGCCUGUACGGCUCCAACAUGCUGGAACAAACUGAGGUGAGAGACUAGCACUGCCACACUGAUUCCCCAACGCUUGGGCUUACCUAAGAUUUACCCAGCAUUAUUAGCUUUAGCUCUCGCUGUGUUAUGGCUACUCAACUCAGAGCUUGGAGGCCUCACUAAAUUAAUUAAUUCAGCCAUUCACUGCUAUUUAAUGGAUCAACUUAUUGAUCAUUACUUGAGCCUUGUUAUCAGUCGCAAUGCAACUAUAUCCAAGGCAUUUCAGAUUGUGAGCCAUUCGGUCCCCUCCCGUCCUUACUAUUCCUCAGUCUGUCUCUCCUUUUCAAUACCAUCCCCUUCAUCCCCUCCUCUGUCUCUCUCCAGGUGGACCACUGGCUGGAGUUCAGUGCGCGGCACGUGUGUGGCCAGUCGGGCCUGGCUGCGGCCCUGGGGGAGCUGGACAAGGCCUUGGCCCUACGCACAUUCCUGGUGGGCCACAGCCUGACCCUGGCCGACCUCUGUGUGUGGGCCGCGCUCAAAGGUCAGCCAGUCCCAGUGACCCAGCUGACACUAAUGGGCGUCUAACAUGAUAACCGAAGAUGGAUGGGGUGUAGACAGUCAUACAUAAUAGCGCAGGCAAAUAUACAUAAUGUGCAUCUAAAAACUAAACUAUUUAGACGCACCCGGUACUUGCACAGAGCUAUAUUGUUAACAUCUAUCUGAUGUCAGGGUAGAGGCUAGGCAUUGAUUUUGGACUUGACAGAGUCGUAUGUGUUCUCUCGCUCUCUUACACACUCUCACGUGCGUGCGUACAGGCAGCAGUGAGUGGCAGUCAAUCCAGCAGCAGGCGGGGGCGUUCUCUCACGUGGCACGCUGGUUUUCCUUCCUGGGCUCCCAGGUGCCCUUUAUCGCAGUGGGCAACAAGUAUGCCAACAGCAAGGCCCCUCCUCGCAAGUCCGAUGUAAGUAACACAACUGCCAAUGGUAAACUCGAUGUAUGUCUCCUCUUUGCAUUGAAAAUUACGGAUUUCUGUCUGUAAAUCCACUGUUAAGAGCAGAGUCCUAGCUUGAGAUCUGCACACUUAACACAAACUUUCACUUCAAUCAAGCAUUCAUGCAUUCCCAAAUCCCGCUGACUGUAUCCUCCUCUCUGUGUCCCUACUCUGUCUGAGGAACAGGAGAAGAAGCAGGACUUGGGCAAGUUUGUGGAGCUGCCAGGAGCCGAGAUGGGCAAAGUGGUGGUUCGCUUCCCCCCUGAGGCCAGCGGGUGAGUAUCACCACUUGGCACAAAAACAACAGUGUUGUUUUCAGUAGGAACAAACAGGAUAGUGUUUUUUUUAAACAUUUAAAAAUGGAAAUGUAUAGCUAUUAGUUGCAAUGCCUUCUAUUAAUAUCUCUAUUCCUCUUCCCUUCUUGCUCUCGCUUGCUCACUUUCUCUCUCUAUUUCUCUCUCUCUCAGGUACCUGCACAUUGGCCACGCUAAGGCUGCCCUGCUCAACCAGCACUACCAGGUGACAUUCAAGGGCAAGCUCAUCAUGCGCUUCGACGACACCAACCCCGAGAAAGAGAAGGAGGACUUCGAGAAGGUAUCCCCCAAAUGUCCCUUUUUUUCUUUUGGUUAGCUAAAUUGUUUCAUAUCAAUUAUUUUCUCUUGAUUUAUAAACCAUCAUGUGUGAAAACACCGUCUACAUGCACGUUGAAGAAUUGAGGCAAUAUAACGAGAUAAAUAAAGUACCGCGUUAGCUACAAGGCAUUUGGGAAACUCCUCCAUGCUGAUACAGGAUGGUAUUUAGGGUUGGGCGAUAUUACGAUAGCAUCGUCUAUCGACGAUGACUGACAGCCAUCAUUGAUGGUGACGACGUCGGGAUGUGACAGACGAUGGUUUAGCGUUUAGCCUAUUAGGAAUUUGAAUUGCUCUGCGCAGUAAAGAACUGGAGUCUCGUAGCGCACAGCAGGGCAGCACACAUAGUAAUUAGCCUAUUUCUAUUUGCUAUAGCCUAUUUCAAUAAGUAUGUUAUAGGCUACAGAACGCAAGAGAGAAAUGUAGGCCAGACGGAUCGGAGAAUUCCACCAAGGCAGCACAAAAUCUCCAGUCAAACAUUUUUUGUUUCUCCCUCUCUGUCGGAUGCAUUAUGGGUCUUAGGCUAUAGCCUAAACCUAACCUAUUUAUAUUUUAUUUAUUAUAACGGACACUCCUUAACUAUCUUGUGUUUAAAAAAAACGUAGCCUUUAUUCUCUUUAUUCGAUAGGCUAUAUGACUUUGGGCUAUAGGCUACGCUUUUAUCGUUUUUAUGCAUAGAUUUCUCCCGAUCAAACAAUGAAUGUAACGGAGUUCCAUCUCAGUUGUUGGACUAGCCUAAAAACGUAAAGUAGACAUGGGACUAAUAAUAAGGGAGAACAAACAAUAUCAAUAGCCUAUAGAAAAAUGGAAUUACACGUUUAUUCAAGUUUAAGCUUAUUAAGAAAUACAUUAUCCAUGCGGCCUAUAAAAUCCCUCCAUGCGAGGUUGAAAACUAAAUGGCCAAUAACCUAUCCUCCUAUUAGGCCCAUCAUAAAAGCUAAGUUGAAGUUAUGAACAGUAGCUCAUUCCCAAAUAUUCUAGCCUAAGAAGGUUUUGUCCUAAAGGUGCGGCUUUCAAAAAUAUCAAGAAUGAAAGUUUAUAGCCUAUAGGCUAUUUUCAAUCACGGCUUUAAGAGAGAUGGAACUAACAAUUAUUUAUUUACUGUUAUUUUAUGAGGCAAAUAAAGCAAUUAUUAUCGACUUCUGAAUACGGUAGACUGCUUCUAUCCAGCCCAUGAUGUAUAACCUAAGGCUACGGUAAGACAGUCCCGUUACUCAUCAGACUGUCACUGCUCCAUCAUGUGCGCCCCACACAGAAGCUCCUCCACCAGAAAGGAAUAUUAAAAAAGAUGUGCCUGCACUUAGCCUCUGCCCAGGCUUUCCAUAACAUUAUCCUUCGUCAUGAUUCGUCCAGUUAAUUCGUUUUUGCGCUAAUAGCCUAACUGGCGUUUUAGGUGUUUUGGGGGAGGGGUUGGCCAAUAAGGGCGAUACCAUCAUAUAUCAAUGUUUUCUGGGUACAUAAUCACGAUAGGACAAAGGUUGACAUCGCCCAAUCCUAGUGGUGUUCUGACCUGAGAUCCUUGUGUCUUACUCAAAUGUUCGUACAAGUCUCUCAUCGACAUCAUUGGAGGAAUGUCCGAAAGUGUGAGUUGCACAUGUUUAUUUCAACUCGGAAUUGGGCCCUAAUGGCUCGUUUCCACUGUAAGAAUUGCUUGGCCUAAAGAGACAUACUUUUGUGUUUCCAUCUCUGAGUAUAACUGGCCUGAAAAAAGACUUACCGUGCCUUGAGGACUUUUCGGGGCUACUUUGAAGUGAUGCAAUGCAAGUGGUCGUAAUGAAACCCCUGCAAAACACUAUCCAACCUGUUCCCUCUGUUUUCUCAUAGGUGAUCCUGGAGGAUUUGGCCAUGCUGCAGAUCAAGCCGGACCAGUUCACCUACACCAGCGACCACUUCCCUCGCAUCCAGGGCAUGGCGGAGAAUCUACUGAAGGAGGGCAAGGCUUACAUCGACGACACACCCCCAGAGCAGAUGAAGACGGCGAGGGAGGAGCGCACCGAGUCCCGCCACCGCAGCAACUGUAAGGGGAAUAGGAGUGGAGCAGUGGCUGAAUUCCAACAUCACCCUUAGUCCGUAGGCACUGUUUUAGAUCUGAAACGAUUUGAUAGUUGUAGCCACAUGGCGAAAUUUCACAGGGCAUGUGGAAGUAAUUACGAUAAAUAAUGACUGUGUGAUAUUCAAAAGCGCAACACUCGCCAUCUUCACUCAUUGCAUCUUCACCCCUCUCUCGUUCUCCCCUGCCCUCCUCUCUCUGUCUCCCACCCCUCUCCUUCUCCCCCCCCCCCCCCAGCGGUGGAGCAGAACCUGAAGAUGUGGGAAGAGAUGAAGGCUGGCACGGAGUACGGCCAGACGUGCUGCAUGCGGGCCAAGAUUGACAUGGCAUCCAACAACGGCUGCAUGCGCGACCCCACCCUCUACCGCUGCAAGAAUGCCCCCCACCCCCGCACUGGCAGCACCUACAGGUAGGGAGACACGGCAUGCUACCAAAAAAUGUUUUCAUUGAAUGAAUACACAUUUGUUCUUUUUUUGAGAUAUUCGUCAGGUGACAGAAAACAUUUGAAAAAACCUCCUGCACUAGCAAAUAAAGGAUUUCUGUUGAUACAUUUUUUCAAAAGUCUGAAGGACAGGUUUUGCGAUACCAAAAAAACAGAGGGCGUGGCCUAAAUCUAGCUGUUUGAAAGCUAAUUUCCUGCAAAUCUAUACAUUUUGCCAUUUUGCUGUGUUCUUAUGCUAUUGGAGUGACUCAAACAUAACAAAAUCAAUGGGGGACCCCCAUGCAAUUACAUUUUUCUAAUUGUUGAUUCUCCCUGACUGUCCAGUUUUUAUUUUGGUGGUAGUUAUUUCGCAAAGAUGAUCUUAUAAAAAAAUAUAUAGCGCCAUUAUUUUUUCUACAUACUUUAUGUAUGGUUUUAGUCAUUAAGUGCGCCGCUGCUAAAUGAAUAUAGGGGAAACACUGGUAUCACUCUCGACUCACGCCUGGCAAAUAUUGCAUGUCCUGUGUAGCAGCUCACAAAGGUGCAUAACAGGCUUCACACAUUUCAUAAAGACAUACAGGGACAGUGUAUAGAAGCAUCCUCGUUUCCAAAAGAGUGACACUACUCUCUCACUACCCCCUCCCCCAGGGUGUACCCCACGUACGACUUCGCCUGCCCCAUCGUGGACAGUGUGGAGGGCGUGACGCACGCGCUGCGUACAACAGAGUACCACGACCGCGACGCCCAGUUCUACUGGGUGAUCGAGGCGCUGCGUCUGCGCAAGCCCUGCGUCUGGGAGUACGCCCGGCUCAACCUCAACAACACUGUGCUCUCCAAGCGCAAGCUCACCUGGUUCGUGGAUCAGGGCUACGUCGACGGCUGGUGAGUCAACUAAUACCUUUUCCACACGACAGGGUGUUGUUCACUAGGGCACACCAUAGCAACAUUUUCUGCAACUGUAAAUGAAGACCUGUGUUCUUAUAAAUACAGGAAGUACCACUCUGUUUAAAAAAAUCUCCCUGGAAUAAAUCGUCACUUCGCAUUGCGCUGAUGGAGUGGAUCUUUGAGAUCCGUUAGUAUAAGAAAAUAAUCGUAAUUCUUUAUUGAAGGCCCAGAUCUAAAUCUGAUGUUUCCUCUCCCUCAGGGACGACCCUCGCUUCCCCACUGUCAGAGGUGUCCUGCGCAGAGGAAUGACUGUCGAGGGCCUCAAGCAGUUCAUCGCUGCCCAGGUGUGUGUGUGUGUGUGUGUUGCUAUCUACAACCCAGUUUGAGAAAUUACUGUCUAAACUGCUUUCUAGCACUCAGUGGUUCCUCAGAUCUGAAUGAACUAUGUGUGUGUCUAAGACCCUUGGGGACGUUAAAGUUCAUCCCAUCCUAUCCUAUUUUCAGGUUUUUUGCCUGUUUCUAUUCCUUUUGUUGAUUCCUUCUUUGAAACAUUCUUUUGUUUUUUUCCUACUCACCCAGGGUGGAUCCAGGUCCGUGGUCAACAUGGAAUGGGACAAGAUCUGGGCCUUCAACAAGAAGGUAUGCAUGCAUGGACACCGAUAGUCCCCUUCCCCUCCACACACUCCCUACAUACCCAUUUGGUCUGAUCCUGAUUGAAUCCUACCCCUUGAUCCUGAUUAAAGCCUGCCCCUUUGAAACCCACUGUAGGGUUGAAGCUGGUCACAUCCCAUCCAAGAAUCUGCAUAUGAAAAUCGGUGGCAUGAGAAAAGACAUUGUUGGUAGAUUGGACAAGACUGUAUUGUAGGUUUUAGAAAUGUUCAAUUAUUAGAGGUUUUGGUUGCCCAGAUCGGUUGGAGCAAAAAGAAAUGCACUGAAUCCCUAAGGAAGCUUGUUUCACGCAUGCACGCACACACACACACACACACACACACACACACACACACACACACACACACACACACACACACACACACACACACACACACACACUUCAUUCCUCUGAUAGGGUGCCUACUAACAGCUUGCAUUGCUGCCUUCCUUGUGUCUUGUGCUCCUCUUUUUCUCCUCUGUUAUACUCCCUUCAUCCCUUCAUCCCCCACUUUCCACUCCGCCUUCUGUCGUGGAAAUUCUACACAGGGACACUCAAAGUCAAUCUUAAAUCCAGCAAGCUGGAGAGUUCACAGUCAAACUUAGAUGCGUAAAGUACCGGCCAGAAGUGAGCUCCGCCGGGGCAGUCCCGUUAGUUCUCUUAUGUACUGCUUACACAGACAAGCUACAUUUGUAUGAUUUAGCUUAUUCAUUAUUCAUAAUUAAUUCAGAAUGAACGUUUGGUUCAUGUAUGUGACCGACUAAUACCUCACGAGGCUUCCUCUCUCCAAGCUGAGACCUUGAAACUGAGAUAUCCCUUUCCGUUCUCAAAACAAUGUUCUGGGCGUACUGCCAAAUUGCAGAUACUGAUAGUGAGGAUUCCUUCCAGGCACGAUCAAUCAGUCACUUGCAUGAACCCAGUCAAAUUGGUUAUUAGAAAAGCACAAACAUAAAAUGUUCCUUCACAUUCCCUCCUCUUCAUGACAUAGCUCUGUCAGUGGCUUAAAAUUAAAGGGUCAGUUGAAUGAAAAAAUAAUAACUUUUCAAUCGUCUUCUUACCUUAAAAUAAGGGUCGGUUUCAUAGACCCAGAUUAAGCGUAGUUCUGGACUAAAAAGAAUGCUCAAUGGAGAAUCUCCACUAAACAUGCUUUUUAUUCCACGAAUAGACUUAAGGCCCAGGAAACUGACUCUACGGUUUGAGGAGGCUAUAGGUUCCUGUCUAAUUCAUUAGCCUUUACGUUUGAUUGAUGUGAUCAUGAAACACGUUUCUCUCAAAAUAAACGGCAAUGUCACCAUCCAGCAUACUUUAUACAUAGUGGGUGUCACAAACUGAUUUAAGUUCCAGAACCAGAAGUAUUUGCCCGAUUUAUAUACCACACAUACUUCAUAAUAAAACUCAGCCCAAUCUGAGACUUUAACAUUCAUUCCAACCAUGUCCCUCUAAUUUAUACACCCCUCCCUACCUCUCACAAUUUCAUGUAAAUCUUGGCAUUCCAUUGUCUGUCCGCAUGCAGUAACUGCCUCCUCUUAAAUUUGCGCCCCUAUGCACCUUUGCUGGAUGAUGUCAUCAAAAAGCGCUCUGCCAUGGUCAGGGGGGCUAGGUGUUGUCAAGGUGCUAUUUUUAGUGUCCAAUAUACAAACCACAGAAAUAUGUCAAUCUCUAUGGUACAAACACUGCAUACUUCUAAACCAGAAAUGAUUUAAAGGUUGCUAUGUAUGUCAUGUAUUAUAUCUAGGGAAGACGUUUAUUUCCCCUCGAAGCCCAUGGUAUUGGCAAUGAGGAAGGGAGGGAUAUAGUAGAUGUCUUACCCACUCCGAACCUCCAGUCUCUCUCUCUCUCUCUCUCUCUCUCUCUCUCUCUCUCUCUCUCUCUCUCCUCUCUCUCUCUCUCUCUCUCUCUCUCUCUCUCUCUCUCUCUCUCGUUUGACAUUGAACUGCAUCUCACUUUCUGUUUCCAAGCUGCCAAUUAGCUGUAUCAAGGUACUCCUCCUUCUCCUUCUCCUCCACUCCUUCCCUCCAUCCAUGUGCUUUCCAUCCUUUCCCUCCCCCGUCUUCUCCAUUCUGCAUCUUUGUCUUCAUUCUACAACAAUCAUUUUGCUUAAAUCUCACUCGGACUCAUAGUCACUUCUGAGGAGAACAUCCCUACAAAAGUUAACUUUCUUCCCCUACCCCCAUACUGCUCUCCUAGACACUCCUCUCCGAUUGCUUAUGUGUCCCCGAUUCUCCGGCCACCUCCCAUUUCCACAACUGGCAGCUUAGAGGUGUAGAGGUGACUAGCACAAGGAAAACAGUGGAUUCUAGUAGUCUUCGAAAAGUGACGAUUCACUUGAUAUUGGCGGACAUAUUUUGGAAGACUAUUAGUAUCUAUAAUCUCUGAUAAGCAAAACCUUUGGUGGCACCGGCAUACCUGUAUAUAACAUGACAGCAGUGCAUUGUUAGGCUCUGUUUUUACUAGGCUACAGGAUGUGAAAAAUUCUAAGGUCCCCAGCUCCCCAUGGUUAUAGAUGCUCCCAUUUUGCCUUUAGUCUGUGUUGUUGGCAAUACAUCCUGCAAAACUGGAUCCCCCUCUACUUUCUAUCCCUCUUCUCUCUCUCUCUCUCAUGUCGUCCCUGCACUCUGCCACCACCAUCCCCCCUUCUUUUCUUCCUUCAACGGUGUGUAUGAGUGAGAGUAUUUCUGUUCACUUGUCCAGAAAAAUACUAUUUUGACUCUUUUGAGCCAAGCCGUACUGUGUUGGGUUGGGUAUUUUCCUUUCACUUUGUCGUUUCCAGAAUGGUUCCAACAACUAUGGUGGAUGCAUAACCAGGCUAGCACAGUACGCCUCUGCUCUGUAGGCUCAGCUGGUUAGUGUGAAAUAUGUUGAAGAUGUUCCGGUCCAAUUGAACUGUCCUCUGUGGACAAGUCUUCAGUCAAUAUAUUGAUUGAGUUUUUCUGUCUCUACACAGGACACCAUUGCAAUAAUUAACCUCUCCCAUUUCUGUGUGUCUGUAGGUUAUCGACCCAGUGGCCCCCAGAUACACAGCCCUGUCUGGAUCCUACUCAGUCCCUGUCAUCAUCCCUGAGGCACCAGAGGAGAUGAAGGAGGCCGUCAAACACCCUAAGGUACCUUGAUGCCAGUUAUUUGCACUGAAGUGGCACACUAUUCCCUACAGAGUACACUACCAAAGCCAAAAGUAGUGCACUAUAUAGGGAUUAGGGUGUCAUUUUGGACACACCCUGACUAGGUAGAAGUAGUGCACUCUUAUCUAGUGUUCAGCAGCCAAAGUAUGACGUGUAUAUUACUCUGACAAUGCUAAGAGUUCCCCUCACAAUCAAAAUUUGUAUUUUUGUCAUACCUCAGUCAAGUUGAGUAUAUGAUGUGAAUAAUCAGCCAACUUAAUUUUUCCCAAAUGAAUAGCCUAACCAAUAUAGCCAAAUAAACCGCCAAACCAACCAAAUAUAGUCAAUCCAUCAUACCAUUAGCAACUAAACCUGGCAAAUGUGUAUUUUUUACCCUCCCAGAACACAGAGGUGGGGAUGAAGGCGGUGUGGUAUGGACCCAGGGUGUUGGUGGAGGGGGCGGACGCAGAGACCUUCACCGAGGGAGAGAUAGUCACCUUCAUCAACUGGGGAAACAUCAUCAUCACCAAGAUCCACAAGUAAGAUUGCUCCCACUUUAAACAAAGUUCAACUUAUAAAGCAUACAUAAAGGGUUCAUAAGCACCAUACAAAUGCUUCUCAAAUCAUCUACACUACCAGUCAAAAGUUUGGACACACCUACUCAUUCAAGGGUUAUUCUUUAUUUUUACUAUUUUUUACAUUGUAGAAUAAUAGUGAAGACAUCAAAACUAUGAAAUAAUACAUAUGGAAUCAUGUAGUAACCCAAAAAAGUGUUAAACAAAUCUAAAUAUAUUUUAUAUAUGCGAUUCUUCAAAUAGACACCCUUUGCCUUGAUGACAGCUUUGCACACUCUUGGCAUUCUCUCAACCAUCUUCAUGAGGUAGUCACCUGGAAUGCAUUUCAAUUAACAGGUGUGCCUUCUUAAAAGUUAAUUGGUGGAAUUUAUUUUCUUCUUAAUGCAUUUGAGCCAAUCAGUUGUUAAUUGAAAUGCAUUCCAGGUGACUACCUCAUGAAGAUGGUUGAGAGAAUGCCAAGAGUGUGCAAAGCUGUCAUCAAGGCAAAGGGUGUCUAUUUGAAGAAUCGCAUAUAGAAAAUAUAUUUAGAUUUGUUUAACACUUUUUUGGGUUACUACAGGGCGGCAGGUAGCUUAGUGGUUAAGAGCGUUGUGCCAGUAACCGAAAGGUUGCUGGUUCUAAUCCCCGAGCCGACUAGGUGAAAAAUCUGUCGAUGUGCCCUUGAGCAAGGCACUUAACCCUAAUUGCUCCUGUAAGUCGCUCUGGAUAAGAGAGCGUCUGCUAAAUGACAAAAAAAAAAAAAAAAAAAGGUGGGGGGUAUACAGAAGAUAGCCCUAUUUGGUAAAAGAACAGCUCAAAUAAGCAAAGAGAAACGACAGUCCAUCAUUACUUUAAGACAUGAAGGUCAGUACGGAAACUUUCAAGAACUUUGAACGUUUCUUCAAGUGCAGUCGCAAAAACCAUCAAGCGCUAUGAUGAAACUGGCUCUCAUGAGGACCGCGACAGGAAUGGAAGACCCAUAGUUAACUCUGCUGCAGAGUAUAAGUUCAUUAGUUACCAGCCUCAGAAAUUGCAGCCCAAAUAAAUGCUUCACAGAGUUAAAGUAACAGACACAUCUCAACAUCAACUGUUCAGAGGAGACUGUGUGAAUCAGGCCUUCAUGGUCGAAUUGCUGCAAAGAAACCACUACUAAAGGACACCAAUAAGAAGAAGAGAUCUGCUUGGGCCAAGAAACACGAGCAAUGGACAUUAGACUGGUGGACAUUUGUCCUUUGGUCUGGAGUCCAAAUUGGAGAUUUUAUGCCAUCCCAUCUGGUUUGGGCUUAGUGGGACUAUCAUUUGUUUGUCAACAGGACAAUGACCCAACACACCUCCAAGCUGUGUAAGGGCUAUUUUACCAAGAAGGAUGUGAUGGAGUGCUGCAUCAGAUGACCUGGCCUCCACAAUCCCCCGACCUCAACCCCAUUGAGAUGUUUUGGGAUGAGUCGGACUGCAAAGUGAAGGAAAAACAGCCAACAAGUGCUCAGCAUAUGUGGGAACUUCAAGACUGUUGGAAAAACAUUCCAGGUGAAGCUGGUUGAGAGAAUGCCAAGAGUGUGCAAAGCUGUCAUCAAUUCAAAGGGUGGCUAUUUGAAGAUUCUCAAAUAAAAAAUAUAUUUAGAUUUGUUUAACACUUUUUUGUUUACUACAUGAUUCCUUAUGUGUUUUUUCAUAGUUUUGAUGUCUUCACUAUUAUUCUACAAUGUGAAAAAUAGUAAAAAUAAAGAAAAACCCUCGAAUGAGUAGGUGUGUCCAAACUUUUGACUGGUAGUGUAUAUCACAACUUUGGAUUUAGCCCCCGUCUCAAAAUCGAAUGGUUUAGAAGUUAUUUUCCUCCCAUUUCGAAGUGCAGUGCGGGUAGAAAAAGUGAUCGUUGUCCUCAUUAUGAAAUGAUCAACGUUACCCUGUAUAUAAAAACAAUUACCAUAUACACUGAUUGUUUAAAGCAAAACUAUUGCUGAUAGUGAACCUGCAAAAUCAAAAUCAAAUCUGUUUUUAGCCUCGAUCAGCAGGUAGGCUAUAUAGCCAGAUGAGUCGUGUCUCAGGCGCUUGCUUAGCCUACUUCAUUCCCGGUAAAACACAAUUUUCAACAGCACAUUUGAUAACAAUAACCUAACAAAUUACAUUGGUUGUCACUCAGCCUAAUAUUGCGCAAGCCAUUUUACAAACGUUUUAAUGCUGAAGGUGACUCGCGGCCAACUUCAUUGGACAGCACGCAACACAGUGCACAGUUUGACUAGGCUACUGAUAUUGCCUGGGUUGUUCGGCAUGCAAAAUGACUUGUAGAUCAAUGACUGUCAACACAGUUACAUGCUUAGGUUGACACUGAAGUAGAGGACGCAUCAGUUGUCACAAAAGAUUAGGCGUAUUUUCAGAAGGUUGAAAGAAAGUAAUAUGAGCCCCCCAAAAAACAUUUGACCUGCUAAUUUGUCAUGUUUGAAUAGAUUUGAUGACCGAUGCAUGCUACAUUUGGAUCAGUUUGGGGUCCCGUGGACCGAUGCGCUCUCAUCUUAAACAUUUGAACCGGGGACCGAUGCGUAUUGGUGAAUCAUUACAUUCCUAAUAAACUGUGCGUUAUGUCAGUGGUUCUCAAUUCUGGUCCUGGGGACCCAAAGGGGUGAACAUUUGUGUUUUUGCCUUGGCACUACACACCUGAUUCAAAUCAUCAAAGCUUGAUGAUGAGUUUAUCAUUUGUAUCAGCUGUAUAGUGAUGAGGCAAAAACACAAAUGUGCACCUCUUUGGGUCCCCAGGACCAGGAUUGAGAACCACUGCAUUAUGGCACAUUUGGCAAUUCACCCUACAGUGGGAGUAAUGUCACCCUUUAUAAACAAUUUAUAGAGUUUGACUUAAUCCAAUAGAUGAUUUGUGAGGCAUUUAUUUUGUGCUCAUUAACUUUUAUGUAUGCUAUAUAAAGCCUUCAUAAAUUUUACUUAAUUUAAAGUGAUAUUUUUUAGAUCUGCAGCUUUUUACAGAAAGCUGUUCCGGAGGGCUUUGCCUAGGCAAGUGUUUAUCAAGUGUUCACCCAGUCCCAAGAAACUGCAGUACCAGCACACCAGUGAAACACUAAAUUCAACUAAUCAAGAUCACUUGAUAAGUUGUACAGAGGCUCUCCACUUGCAGCAAGGAUCAUCACUAGCCUAGAUGUUAUAGCUACACCAUGUAACUAAUAUAUUUUUUCAUUUUCUGUCUUUCUCUCUCUCUCUCGCUCAAUGUAACUGAUGUAUCACGUUCAAAUGCAUUAUCGGCUCUAAGUAAAAUGUUACCAAAUGUACAAUGAUGGUUAAAAAAAAUCUGUCAACUCCCUAACUCCUAUCCCCGCCUUUCGCUCUCCCUCUCUUGGUCUCUGUGAUCCAGAGAUGCCAGCGGUAAGGUCACCUCCCUGGACGGCAAACUGAACCUGGAGAACAAGGACUACAAGAAGACCACCAAGAUCACGUGGCUGGCCGAGACCCCCCGCGCACCCCUGCUGCCCACCGUCUGCGUCAACUACCAGCACCUCAUCACCAAGCCCGUCAUAGGCAAGGAGGACGACUUCAAGGAGCACAUCAACAAACAGAGCAAGGUGGGUGAGCAAGGGUGGGGAUGGGUCAAGGGUAGGUGUGUGUGUGGCGACGAGUCAAGGGUGUGUGUAGACGGGUCAAGCAUGGGGGUAUGUGGGGAGGGGGGUUGGUUGUCUAUGCGGUAUGUGUGAGGGAGUGUGUGCGUGUGGUGUGAGGGAGUGUGUUCGUGUGGUGUGUGUGUGUUUUUGUUUGCAAAGCUGUUACAAUAAUUAAGUAAAUUCCUCCUUGGGGGAUCGGGCUUUCAGCUCAACCGGCCCUAGCCUCUGGAACGCCCUCCCGGACCACCUGAAGGCACCACAGGCUCCUAUAAAACGGGCCUAAAGACCUUUCUCUUAGGAAGGCUUUCUGUUGAUAGCUGUGCUCCUUGGUGUUCUUGUCCCUUGUAGUGUCAGCUGUCUUCUUUGUGUCAGUUGCCCUGUCUAGUUGUGUUUAUUUUGUAUUUGGUUUUUAUUUUAUGCUCUUUAAGAUUUUCUGUAUAAUGAAAAGCGCUUUACAAAUGUAGUAAAUUAUUAUUAAAGCACAUCAUUCUGAAUAGAGCAGAUAUCAUUGACCAGUAUAGAGGAACACUCUUCUAAUCCUUCGGAAGACUGAACAGGGUUUCCUAUUUCUCCUCACAUGCCUCUCGCUCACAUUCUCUUUCUCUUCCUCACAUCUCUGCCUCACAUCCUUUCUUUCCUUCUCUGUCUCACAUCCUUUCUUUCCUUCUCUGCCUCACAUCCUUUCUUUCCUUCUCUGUCUCACAUCCUUUCUUUCCUUCUCUGUCUCACAUCCUUUCUUUCCUUCUCUGCCUCACAUCCUUUCUUUCCUUCUCUGUCUCACAUCCUUUCUUCCCUUCUCUGUCUCACAUCCUUUCUUUCCUUCUCUGUCUCACAUCCUUUCUUCCCUUCUCUGUCUCACAUCCUUUGUUUCUCUCAGCUGGAGGAAAAGAUGCUGGGAGACCCCUGUCUGAAGGACCUGAAGAAGGGUGACAUCAUCCAGCUGCAGAGGCGGGGCUUCUACAUCUGUGACCAGCCCUACGAGCCAAUCAGGUUCUAUCUUCUCUACAAGAUCUUUGACUAGUUGUUUUGGCUAUGACUGCACUUGGGCCAGUGGGAGGGAUGCGUGGGUGGAUGGAUUGAUGGUUUGAUUGUUGGAUGAGUUAAUUAAUAAAUGGAUGGAUAUUCUCUAAAUAACAAGGACAAUGCCUACUGCAUACUACUGCCAGAGGAUUGGAUGGGUGCUACAUUUUCUAAAUGCAGAAGCACACCGUUCCAGUGUCUGUUUUACUAACGUGUCCCUGGUGUUGUCCCCUAGUCCCCACAGCUGUAAGGAGAGUCCCUGUGUGCUGCUGUUCAUCCCCGACGGCCACACCAAGGAGAUGCCCACCGCCGGCUCCAAGGAGAAGUGCAAGGCCACCACCACCACCACGACCACAGUGAGUCUUAAUACCUACUCCUCUAUUUCGCCUCUUCUAGAGUUCUCCUCUUCUGCGACAGGAAAGGAGAGAGGAAAUAACUACGGGCUCAUCUCAAUAGUCUGAAGUGGCUUCCUCUACUUGUCUCCUCAUUUAUCUGCACUGAUCUGAAAAUAUAGGAUCAUUCAAAUCAAUAUGGCUGAGGCUCACCUGACGAUUUGCUUCCACCUGUCUGUGCUGUCAGAUUAGUGCAGGUAAAGGAGAGGCGUAAGGAGAAUGUUGGACUAUUUGACGAGUUUGAAUCAUUUUAGAUUUUUCCGAUGCACCCUGUAUUCUUAUAGAUUAAUGAAGAUAAUUAGAUUAUUGUAGAUUUUGUUAAAUCUCUGUAAUAUAAGGAAUAAACUCCUUGUCUCCUCUUAGCCUGCCUUCCCAGCCAAGGGCAAAGACGCCCCCGUCUCUGCCCCAGCCCCUGCUAGCGACGCCGGCGCCGUUUUCUCCGGCAUCGUGGCUCAAGGUGAGAAGGUACGCGAUCUGAAAACCGCCAAGGCCCCCAAGGAGAAUGUGGACAAAGCGGUAAAGGAGCUGCUGUCACUCAAGGCCCAGUUCAAGCAGCUGACUGGCCAGGACUACAAACCAGGCAUCGCCCCACCCGCCAGCUCCGCCCCUCAGAAGGCGGCAACCUCCGCCCCUUCUGCUGACUCCGCCUCCUGUGCCGUUGCUUGCAUCACCCAGCAGGGGGAGCUAGUGAGGAAGCUGAAGUCUGAAAAAGUUCCCAAGGUUUGAGUCCAUUUUUCUCUUGUUUAUCAUUUGGCUCCUAUUUUUGUAUGGAUUAGAUUUUGAAUCCUGAGUUGAAAUAGCCUGCUACACAAUUAAAAGUAGUUCAACUUUUUUCCACAAGUAGAAGGUGAAACAUUAUUAUUCAUUUCAUUUUUGUUUGUUUGAUGCCUCCUAAAAACAGGUCACAAGCGCAAAAUAUUUUAAUCUCAAGAGGUUUUACCUGUAUAAAUAAAGGAUACAUUACUUUUUUUAAAUGCUCUCUUUCAUUUUCUCUCCCGGACCAGGUUGAUGAUGCAGUCCAACAGCUGCUGGCUUUUAAAGCUGAGUUCAAACAGAUCACAGACCAGGAGUACAAGCCAGGGAUGACCCCUCCCUCCACUGCCCCAGCCAAGACUGCUCCCUCUGCCUCAUCCCCCUCAUCCUCUCCCUCAGGCCUAUACGAACGUGUGACCAAACAGGGAGACACUGUAAGGAAGCUUAAAUCUGAGAAGGCACCCAAGGUAAGGAAGGCGAGUUCAGUAAUGCUUUACUUUUAGCCUGCAGGUAUUAUUGUGGUUAUAAAUACAUUGUAAGACUUGUCUCAUCUCUCUAGUUGCUCCAACUGUUCAUAACUGUUCUAUACAUUUUUCCCAUUGAUAGAACAUUCUAUCCCUGAUUUCUCUUCCCUGACCUCUGUAUUUGCUCAAUCUCUCCACAAAGGACCAGGUUGAUGCUGCGGUGAAGCAGCUUUUGGACUUGAAGGCAGAGUACAAACAGGCGACAGGUCAGGACUACAAGCCAGGAAUUACCCCAGCCCCUGCUGCUGCCCCAGCCCCAGUCCAGAGCACCCAAGCCCCCACAGCCACUUCUGGCUCAGGCAUCUAUGAACAUGUGACUCAGCAGGGUGACUUGGUGAGGAAGCUGAAAACUGAGAAGGCCCCCAAGGUGAGGCCAACAGGAAGGGAUGAUAGGCUGGCAUUCAUUAGGCAUGAGUUGGAUAAAAUGCUUCAUAUAAUAAUAUAGAUAAGAUAGAUAUGCUUUGCAUAUGUGAUGGAAAUGUCUCUUCUGCAUUACAUACACACACUAGUUUGGGGAGAGAAUUGACAUUUUACAUUUGACAUUUUAGUAAUUUUAGCAGACGCUCUUAUCCAGAGUGCAUACAUUUUUUUCAUGCUGGCCCCCCGUGGGAAUCGAACCCACAACCAUGGCGUUGCAAGCGCCAUGCUCUACCAACUGAUCUACAGGAGGCCUGCUCUAUUACAACAUUCUUUAUUUUACAAUAUUAACCCAUCAGAGUGUAAGCCCUGUCUAAGCCGGGGGGGUUCUACUAAGCUAUAUGGAAUUGUUUUAAGAAGGUCAUACCAAGGAUCAUUUAUCUACUUGAUUUAGAAUUUUAAGACCCCUUGAUUUAUCCCAAAAAAUAUAUAAACAAAUUAUUCGAUAAAAUUAUUUUUGGUAUUACUGCUAUUAGCCCAUACAAACACAUUGAAUAACAUAUUCACUACAUGGAACAACAGAUAGUCCCAAAAACAUAUCAAAAGGAAGUUUGUUCUGAAGUGUCUCCUAUAUCUGAGAGAUAUAACAAGAUCAGGAAACAUUUUUUAUUUUUAUUUUUUUACAUGUAUUUAACUCCAUAUUUAUGGCAUUAACAGCUUUAUUAAUUAAUUCACGGUAGUUUUAAAGAAAGUUACAUGAACCCUUCUGUUUUUGUCUCCUCCCUCUCAGGACCAGAUGGACGCCGCCGUCAAGCAGCUGCUGUCACUCAAAGCCGAGUACAAGCAGGUGACUGGCCAGGACUACAAACCAGGCAUGGCCCCAGCCGCCAGCCCUGCCCCUGUCCAGGCUAGCCCUGCCCCCUUCCAGGCUAGCCCUGCCCCCCACGCCCAAUCUAGCUCCUCCGUUAAGGUGCUCUUCUCCCAGGUGUCCCAUCAGGGGGAGUUGGUGAGGAAGCUGAAAUUGGAGAAAGCUCCUAAGGUUAGUGAGAUUUUAUUUCACCUGGUAAAUCUAUGACCAAAAGUGCUGAAAACAUGUUGGCGAGAACAAGCUAUUCAGAUGAGGAAUACUGGCAUUUUGACGCAGAUACAACCUAGAAUAGCUAGCUAACGUUAGCAACUGUAGCUAUUUGUACCAAUGUUAAAUUUGGCAAAUAUUCACCGAACAUGAUAAUCAGAUUUCAAUCUUAAUGUUGUUAUUCAGGGAUAGUCCUAAUUGUUUGUUGAGUAAUUAAAUGCAACAGACCGCAUAACACAACCAAUGUAAAAUGCCAUCCCUGUAACCAGGACCAGGUGGACGGUGCUGUGAAGCAGCUUCUGGCCCUGAAGACCCAGUUCAAGGCCCUCACCGGAGAGGAGUACAAACCUGUAGCUGCCGCCGGAGCCUCGGGCGGAGAGGACAAGAACCGUAAGGACCGAGAGAACAAGUCUGAGAAACAGGGAGGUGGUGGAGGAGGAGGAGGGAAGAAGCAGCCCAAGGGAGACAAGGGCAAGGAGGCCUCGUCGGGAGGCGCAGGGGGAGGAGGAGAGGGGGGUCCCAAGAAACAGACACGGUGAGAGAGCGGGAUGGGUGGAUGGAGGGGAGAGUGGGAAGCAGAGAUGGAUGAAUAGAAAUCAUUGGUACUUUAAUGGAGUGGAGAUUUGAAGAUGGAAUGAUAGAUGCCAGAAAUCAAGGGAGAUGGUGAUGUUGAACAUAGGCUGAAUGUGGAUGUGGUCCUGUGUGAAUCAGUUGGUUGAGCUUGGUGCUUGCAAUGUCAGGGUAGUGGGUUCAAUUCCUUCUGGGGUCAGCAAUACUAAAAUGUAUGCACGCAUUAUUAUGAUGAUUAUUAUGAUAUUCUUUCAUGUGUGGUUUGAACUGUUGUGCCAUAGGCCCAAAACAUUGCUCCUAGACAUGUUUUAAAGUUUUAUCUCACACAGUGGUGUACUGUCAGGGCCUUCAAAGCCUUCAGAGGAAGCCUAAGAAUAUUUAAACCGAAAAUUAAAUGUUUCAGUGAUUGAAAAUUAUAUUUGAGUCUUGUCAAUCAUGAUCAUGAUUCAUCUCUUGUGUUCAGAGGGUUGUUGUCUGUGGUGGGGAAGGGAAAAAUGAAAAUAGGAAUAGCUAUCCAAUCAGGAUUUUCCGUAUUGGUAUCUGAGGAGAAAUCUUCCCCUGAUCCUACUAGUCUUGGAUUGACGGCAUGAUUAGCCAAUCCGAUUUUGAUUUGUAGUGCUGUGUGGCUCAGUUGGUAGAGCAUGGCGCUUGCAACGCCAGGGUUGUGGGUUCGGUUUCCACAGGGGACCAGUACGAAAAAGUCUGAAAUUGUAUGCAAUCACUACUGUAAGUCGCUCUGGAUAAGAGCGUCUGCUAAAUGACGACUAAAAUUGAAAGAAUGUAAAUGUAUUUUUUUCAAUGGGCACGCAUAUUUUGCGAACAUUAUCAUUUGCCAUUGCAUUUCUCGCCUCUACUCAAUCUCAUUUACGUAGGUUGGCGUCCCCCAGGGGUGCAAAAUGAGCAUGCCCAACAUUCCCAUGGCUUCAGAGCCUUCUAGCUAGUAGACGGGUUGGUGCUGAAUUUUAGCAGUUUUCCCAGUCCCAGGGCUACAGUAGAAUCUACAACAUGAUAGACUUGCUCUCUUCAACUUAUUCAUGAAUGGCUUUUGAUAAAAAUCACGCUACUGUAGAAAAUGUAUCUUGGAUUUAAAAGCAAAGGACGAACAUCUUAUGAUUGACCAUUUAGCUGGACCGGAAGAUGGAUUUCUGGUGAGUGUUCUCACUGUUCUGUAGGGAUGAGUUUGAUUAAUCGAUUAGUCGAUCUAAGGCAUCCGUAUCCAUUUGAAAUAGGGAAUUGAAAACAACCAAUUUAAGUGAUAUUUUCCAUUGCUGGGCAAAGUGGGCAUAGAUUUGAGGUAACAAGAUUCAAAACAAAACGUGGCUUUCCCUCCGCAAUAGACAAGUCAGCAUUUUGGCCCUAUCAACCAUCAACUAAUCGAUUCAAAACAAAGUUGUUGAACUCAUCCCAAGUGUGCUGUGUGGUUUUUAUUGCAGCUCGCUUGCUGUGUUCUCGUUGAAAAUGUUUGAGAGCUGUCUAGCAGACUAACAUUUGAGGCUUUUAAACUUGCCAGAGCAAGUUGAAAACAUAUUUGUAAGUGUACCAAUUAUGCGUUUUUGCAUUUGAGCAGUAGCUUGAUUAAUUGUUGUAAUUGCAUGCUUGACUGCAUCCGAAUUAGCUUGGUGUGUAUUGCAUUGUGAAAGACUGAUACUAACUCAUACUAACCAGGAUUAUUUGGUUAGGCUGGAUGUGGCCAGAUGAAGUUGGUGUGCUGUGGUGAUAUGGAUCUGUGUCAGAGAAGACUGGCUGUGUAUCUAUGCUGUGGUACUGUGUUUUUUGUCAUGAUUUACAUCAGCUAUUUGACGUGAUGAUUUUUCUUGGGAGCCGUGGCUCUGAAGGCCUAGCUAGGGAUGGGAACGGUCCACUACUGACAUCCAUGCAUGACUAAGUGGAAAUUGACUAAGUGGAAGUUAGGAUUCACACCUGAUUGCUAUAUAUUUUCCUCAUUCAGACUAGGACUGGAGGCUAAGAAAGAGGAGAACCUGGCUGAUUGGUACUCUCAGGUGAGUCUGUACACCUGUGCAAGUGAUUAAUGCCCCAGUUUUUUGACUAGCAGUCUAAUCUCCACUAAAGACAGUAGUUUUGGAAUUGUCACAAACCUCUCUUGGACAGAAGCACAAUUCCAUUUCUAUUUUUUUAUUUUUUUAAAUUUUAUUUUACCUUUAUUUAACUAGGCAAGUCAGUUAAGAACAAUGACGGCCUACACCGGCCAAACCCGGACGACGCUGGGCGCCGCCCUAUGGGACUCCCAAUCACGGCCGGUUGUGAUACAGCCUGGAAUCGAACCAGGGAGUCUGUAGUGACGCCUCAAGCACUGAGAUGCAGUGCCUUAGACCGCUGCGCCACUCGGGAGCCCUAUUCCUUGUACACUUCCCCGGGUGUGACUAACCGGUACCCCCUGUAUAUAGCCUCCCUACCGUUAUUUUAUUUUACUGCUGCUCUUUAAUCAUUUGUUAUUUUUAUUUUUUACUUAACACUUUUUUUCUUAAAACUGCAUUGUUGGUUAAGGGCUUGUAAGUAAGCGUUUCACUGUAAGGUCUACACCUGUUGAUUCGGCGCAUGUGGCAAAUAACAUUUUGAUUUGAUUUGAAAAGUAAUUGGGAAUAGGGCCUGGGGCUAGGGUUGCAUACUUCCCGUCAUGGAUUUAACAAUGGUGGAAACUCCAUCCAGCCAAUGAUAACACCAAUCCAGUGGUUUUAGAUCCAUUAGAGGAUUGGGGAAAGGGUUGAGAAUCGGGAUGCAGCCAUGGUAUAGGGCUCAAGACAAGUGUCUCCCUUUGCAUCUGCCCCUCCAGGUAAUCACUAAGGCGGAAAUGAUUGAGUACUACGAUGUGAGCGGCUGCUACGUGCUGAGGCCCUGGUCCUACUCCAUCUGGGAGUCCAUCAAGGAGUUCUUUGACCGCGAGAUCAAGAAGCUGGGCGUGGAGAACUGCUACUUCCCCAUGUUCGUCUCACAGGCUGCCCUGGAGAAGGAGAAGUCCCAUAUUGCGGAUUUUGCCCCCGAGGUGGGUGUUGCGAAGUGUGUGUGGGGUUGGAUAGGGGGAUGGGUGUUCCUGACACGAUCUAGUGGUGAGAUGUGGUAUCGGUGUGUAUCUAUCCCUAUUGGAAAUCCUGGUCCUCGCUUCUCCAGUGAUGUGUGAUCACCAUUUGUUUUGGUGUCAUACUAAAGAAGAUCCCCUUUAAGUGAUUUGACACAUUAGUAGUGAACUGUGUUUGUGUGUGUUCUGGCUUCAGGUCGCCUGGGUGACGCGGUCAGGGAACACUGAGCUUGCUGAGCCCAUUGCUGUCCGACCCAAUAGUGAAACUGGUAAGACAAAGACACCUGACCACUUCUGUCAGACUUUAAAGUUAAACUUGAUACAUUGAAUUUCCAGAUGCUUUUCACUAGGUCUCAAAGAACUACAUUAUAUAGGUGUAACUCACGAGACAACGUGUCUAUGGAUAUUUUAAUCCAUGGCGCUUACAACUUCUACCCUCUCUAUGCCCGACAUUUAUUAAUUUACUAAUUCACAUACUGACCAAUGCAUCCUCCUUUUUUUAUUUUUACAGUGAUGUACCCUGCCUACGCCAAAUGGGUCCAGUCCCACAGAGACCUGCCCAUCAAACUCAACCAGUGGUGCAACGUUGUGGUCAGUGUCCACUCCACUAAGGAUAAUUGUCAUAUUCACCAUCACUGUUAGGGUCAAUACAAUUUCAAAAUGGAAAAGCCCAAACCUUUUCCGCGUUAUUUGUAAUUUAUCCUGUACAUAAUGUUUCUGCCAUCGUCUCUUAUAACCAAAAAGAGCUUUUGGACGAAGAUUGUUUCUUCAACAAGUCGGACGCGAAGGAUAUCCUACAGACACCCGACAAGGCCCAAAUCCCUGUCAUUCGCAUGAGAAAGAGACGGAGAUAUCGUGGACGUAGGUCGGGGUGCCUUGUAAGGAUCCGACGGCGAGCGAGUAAACUGCCUCUUCCAUCAAUCCUAUUAGCCAAUGUUCAAUCAUUUGAAAAUAAAUUAGAUGACCUAAGAUUACGGUUAUCCUACCAACGGGACAUUAAAAACUGUAAUAUAUGAUGUUUCACCGAGUCGUGGCUGAACGACGACAUGGACUAAGGAAGUCUCGAGGUUUUGCUCGCCUGAGGUAGAGUAUCUUAUGAUAAGCUGUAGACCACACUAUUUACCAAGAGAGUUUUCAUCUAUAUUUUUCAUAGCUGUCUAUGUACCACCACAAACCAAUGCUGGCAUUAAGAUUGCACUGAAUGAGCUUUAUAAGGCCAUAAGUGAACAGGAAAAAGCUCAUACAGAGGCAGCGCUCCUAGUGGCCGGGGACUUUAAUGCAGGGAAAUUUAAAUCAGUUCUACCUAAUUUCUACCAGCAUGUUAAAUGUGCAACCAGAGGAAAAAAAACUCUAGACCACCUUUACUCCACACACAGAGACGCAUACAAAGCUCUCCCUUGCCCUCCAUUUGGCAAAUCUGACCAUAACUCUAUCCUCCUAAUUCCUGCUUAUAAACAGGACUGUUUUGCUAGCACAGACUGGAACAUGUUCCGGGAUUCUUCAGAUAGCAUUGAGGAGUACAUCACAUCAGUCACUGGCUUCAUCAAUAAGUGCAUCGAUGACGUCGUCCCCACAGUGAUUACAGGCAACAUCCACACUGAGCUAAAGGGUAGAGCUGCCGCUCUAACCCGGACGCUUAUAAGAAAUCCCACUAUGCCCUCCGACGAACCAUCAAACAGGCAAAGAGUCAGUACAGGACUAAGAUUGAAUCAUACUACACUGGCUCUGACGCUCGUCGGAUGUGGCAGGGCUUGAAAACUAUUACAGACUACAAAGGGAAGCACAGCCGUGAGCUGCCCAGUGACACAAGACUUCCAGACAAGCUAAACCACUUCUAUGCUCGCUUCGAGGCAAGCAACACUGAAGCAUGCAUGAGAACACCAGCUGUUCCAGAUGACUAUGUGAUCACGCUCUCCGUAGCCAAUGUGAGUAAGACUUUUAAGCAGGUCAACAUUCACAAGGCCGCAGGGCCAGACGGAUUACCAGGACGUGUACUCCGAGCAUGUGCUGACCAACUGGCAAGUGUCUUCACUGACAUUUUCAACAUGUCCCUGACUGAGUCUGUAAUACCAACAUGUUUCAAGCAGACCACCAUAGUCCCCGUGCCCAAGGACACUAAGAUAACCUGCCUAAAUGACUACCGACCCGUAGCACUGACGUCUGUAGCCAUGAAGUGCUUUGAAAGGCUGGUCUUGGCUCACAUCAACACCAUUAUCCCAGAAACCCUAGACCCACUCCAAUUUGCAUACAACCCCAACAGAUCCACAGAUGAUGCAAUCUCUAUUGCACUCCACACUGCCCUUUCCCACCUGGACAAGAGGAACACCUACGUGAGAAUGCUAUUCAUUGACUACAGUUCAGCAUUCAACACCAUAGUGCCCUCAAAGCUCAUCACUAAGCUAAGGAUCCUGGGAUUAAACACCUCCCUCUGCAACUGGAUCCUGGACUUCCUGACGGGCCACCCCCAGGUGGUAAGGGUAGGUAACAACACAUCUGCCACACUGAUCCUCAACACGGGAGCCCCUCAGGGGUGCGUGCUCAGUCCCCUCCUGUACUCCCUGUUCACCCAUGACUGCCUGGCCAGGCACGAUUCCAACACCAUCAUUAAGUUGGCCGACGACACAACAGUGGUAGGCCUGAUCACCGACAACGAUGAGACAGCCUAUAGAGAGGAGGUCAGAGACCUGGCCGUGUGGUGCCUGGAUAACAACCUCUCCCUCAACGUGACCAAGACAAAGGAGAUGAUUGUGGACUACUGGAAAAAAAAAAGAGGACUGAGCACGCCCACAAAAAUCGUUUUGAAUUCCAAGUCGGAAACUGGGGCAUCUUUCUAGAGCUCCGACUUUCCGACCUGAAGAUCACUGACGUCAUGAUUUGACCUUGUUUUCUUCCCCCAGAGUUCACAGUUACAGGUACCAUCAGUCCAGUAAAAUAAAAAAGCAAAUUAUUUCAAUUCAUGCUCCGCAGUGCCUCGCAAGUGCUACACCAACUGAUUUUGUUAUCAAAGCUCGAGUUUUGAAAUAUAAUAUGGUCUGAGAAUAACUAUAUUAGCAGGCCAGGCAUAUAGCCAAUAUGCUUUGAUAAUGUAUUAGGCCUACUGCCCAAACCUCCUUCCUACAGAACUGUUUGUAUUAGGUUAAUGUUACAUUUUUAAAGUCAUGUUUUUAAAAAUAUAUAAUAAUAUGAGCGGUAGACCUCUGCUUGCUUUUUGACUGCGAAAGUGAUCUUGACUCAUCCUAAAGCAGUGGUCACCAACCUUUUCUAACUUUUCAGAAUGUAUCGUGAUUUUUACUAUUUCUCCUUCACUAAUAUCUCGCUUGCUUUCUCCCUCUCACCCCCAGAGGUGGGAGUUCAAGCACCCCCAACCCUUCCUGAGGACCAGAGAGUUCCUGUGGCAGGAGGGACACACGGCUUUCGCCACCAAAGAGGAGGCCGCCGAAGAGGUAACAAGGCCAAUUUAUUAUUAACCGUCCAUGAGACCAGUUCUUACUUUUCUCUCAUGAAUGUUGAGUAAAAAAAAAAUAGGACAUCUCAUGUCUUGGGGAGUGCAUUCAAACAAUACUUAAUGUUUGUUUUUUGUGUAAGUUGGAUUUAGGCGCAGCUCAAGUAUUUGAAAGUUUGCAGUCUUGUCAAAUUCAGUGUUUCCUCAACAAUGGACAGCACUGGCCAAAAUGGCUGCCAUAGUGAACCUGUAUUCCAUGGGCCCUGCAUCUCUUUUCCAUGGAUUCUGGGGAUAAAUUAGUACUACACCUUGGUUACUGUUGCUAAUUCUGACAAGCUUUACCUUUUAUCUUCCCGCGAACAUGGAGAAGCGCAUCGUAAUAACACUAAGGGAACUCCCAAAUGAGGUACUAAGUAACUUUUGGAGACACCCAUCACUUAUAUCAGAUGGGAGCAAACAAAGGGGUCUUCAAUAUGCCUUUUGAAGGCUAUAUUCACAAAAUAAGAAUAACGCAGGAGCUCAACACAACAAGCAGGAGGACUAGGAUAGAGGCAAAGUCUAUCGGUGUAAGAGGGAGAAACCCCACUAGCUGACCAUCGAGGCAGAGACGGAUGACAAAGGAGCAACAUUGUUCCUGCACUGCAGGGUAGGUCUCACAAUCAUUUGAAACCAAACUCAUACUAUAUUGUGUACAAUCAGCUGUAGCUAGCUGUUAUGCUAAUGUCAACAACCAACGCCCUCGCCUCAAAAAACAUACCGUUCUAUGCUAGCUCCACAGGUUACUGCAAGUCCAUUAUCUUUCAUUGUUAGCUACAUAUCAAAGAAACCCAUGUUUUAGACAUGGGCAGGUACUUACUGUAUUGGCACAAAUCUAUGGUUAGCAGCAUAACCUGUAGGGUAUGCACUGUUCACUGCAGAUAUUUACUUAAGUAUCUACAAAUAUUCAAUUCUAUAAAAAAAACUUCAACUAAAUAGUUUCAACAGUAUUGACGGUAUUGAAAAACCAUCCCAUGGUUAUUUCCAAAUACCCUGGUAUACCUACGCCCAAGCCUACUUUGCAGUAGCAGUGAGCUUGGUUUCUCCAUCUUUAACUCUGUGCAAUCUAAAUUAGUAUUGCAAAGGUCGUUGGAAAAUAUCUCCUGUAGUUAUCUGGCAUGUUUUCUGUGAUGUUGUCCCUGUGAGGCAAUACAGACAACUGACCUAGCCUGUCCUACAUAAAGUCCAUUGAAUAAAGUGCUAUCACUUUGUAAGUCCAUAUGAAAUCUGAAAGCCAGAUCUUUCAGGUCAAAAUUGAGUUUCCUCAGCACAAGCAGAAACUGCUGAUGCAGGGGCAUCUGUUAAAUCUCCCAAUCUACUCUCUUGUAUGUCAAGGGGAUAGUUGUCUCUGUGGGGCUGUUUUUAUGAUUUGGUAAUGUAAAACAAUUGCACAAGUUAUUAAACUGACCAUAAGUAAACCCAGCGCAGUAUUGGAAGUAGUUGGGGGGACACUGCUGUUAUUUUUUUCUUUAACAAGUCCAUUUCCUCUUCCUUUUGAGCGACUUGAAUCUUUAAGCUCAUCUCUUCCUCCUGUUCUUCUUCCAACUGGGGAUGCUCUGCUAUGCACUCUGGAAACACAAAAUACACCAAAUGAUUAAAAUUAAAAUUCCUUCCUUACAUUAAUUAAACAAGACGUUGGUGCUUUGUAAAAGCUGUUCUUUCCCGUUCUUUUGCAGCUCCCACUAUUGGAGAACAGUGCCACCACCAUCCUCCUCCAACCCUACCGAUGAUUUCCCAGCAUUUCCUCUGCCGCCAACAACCAAGCUGUUUCUCUACAGUUCUGAAUGAAAAUGAGACAUUACAACAGUGAUAUGAUGAUCUCCCAGUCUGAAGCAGAGGCACUGGAAAAAGAGACAAGACGGCAGAGCAACAACACCUGCCAUCACGUCCGCUCCCAGCGACUUACUUCAUCCUCUUUUAAGAGGUUGUGCUCCAGGGUAGCAGACUGACAGUCUUGCCACCAGCAUGCAGAGGAAGAAGACAGUGCAGACCAAGGCGAUGACGAGAGAGUCCUGGAGCUUGAGCCGGUUGCAGCAGCACUGUACACCGAAGUCACUGGGCACAAAGUGUUCCCAUGUGGCUUUGUUGUCAACUCCCACUCCCCCCCCCCCCCCCCCAUUUAGGCACAUCUCCUGACAGGAAAGUCUAGAGUAAUGAGAACCCAAGCCACGGGCUUCUGGAAAUAAAGUGCCCAGACUAAGACAACUUUACGGGUUGUAAAUACUUCUGUCAAAGAGCUGAUGGUACCUACGCUCACAAACCUAUUCAUUAGUACCACUACCUUAUUAUGGGACAAAUGGUAAUCACAGGGAUGCCGUGGUGUGAUUUAUUUGUCAUGUGUAAAAAUGACUUUCACCUAGAGUGUGUCCACUUUAAUGCAGAAACGUGGGAUAGUAUGAAAAGCCAGCUGGACUGCUUAUUUUUUUUAGCAUUUCUUGCCGGCCCUGUGCAGAUAAUUAAAAUAGUACCCCGGUGUCCUCUGUUGAGCUAUCAUCUCCGGUAUCCUCUGGUGAUUUGGUUGCAGUCUCUCCUGUGAUGUUAGUGGAAGCUGCAUCUUGCAGGGCUCUACGCUGACCUUAUAUUUACAAGGAGCAUGUGUGCGCUUAAGUAAAAAAAUGUAGGUGCACACAAACAUUUAGGAGCACAAUGAAAAAUGUGAGAUAUUAAAGCUAGAAUCCUUAAUUUGUCUAAGCGCACAGCAAAAUAUUUAGGCGCAUAUGCGGGUAAAAUGGUCGCACUGUAGAGCUCUGUUGCACAUCAGAUCUUAAUCUGUAGAUGCAUGUGAUGAUACAUGUAGUGUUAUUCAUUCAGUGUUAGGGUUAUAUUGUUUCAGAGGUCUUCUGAAUCAAAUGAUAUGUAAAUCAGACAUCUGUUGCCUACAUUGUACUUGUGAUUACACUAAGUUAUGUAUGAGUUAUGUAAGUUGUGUAUAAUUUAUGUACAAAGCCUCCAUAUAUAGGAUCAACUUGCCCCUUAGUGUCUGUUGAUAUUUGGUAGUGUAGGAUAGGUUUGGUAAAACCUCAUAUUACAGUACAGGAGCGGAAUUUUGGUACUGAAGACUUGGCUUCCCGUCAACAAAGUGCUGAACGAAAUUAGCCAGCUAAAGAUUUGUGAAACAGGUAGCCUAACAAAGCUAGCUAGCUAUCGUUGUUAAAGAGGUAGCUAGCUAAGUUAGCAAUGUUUAUCUUAGUUGUGUAAUGUUAACGUUGUUGCUAACUUUAUCUAGCCAGUUUCUUUUUUCAAUUAGAAAUAAAUUGCGAUAUCACACAUUAUGCAAAAGGUUAACUUACUUGCUUACCUUGGAGCAAACAUAUGCGUCAUUCGUUAUCUUGCUUGUGUUCUACUGAAUAAAGUUGUCCACAAAGCUUUAUCCACAACCUACACUUCUCUCCGUUAGAGCCCAUAGAAGCCGUGAGGAUUCUUUGCGAAAAGUGUCCGUGGUCCGAGUGGUUGGUUAUGGUUGCUAAGCUCUGAUUGGACAAUCGCUGUUCGAAGGCGGAGUUUAGUGAAGGGUUAAUUAGGCCUAAUACGAUACAAUUAUUGUCCAUUUGCACAGAGAUUGAUUUAGUCGAUGGAUGAUUUCAGUGAAAACGUAAUGUUAGGGUAGCUAGUACAUCCCAGUUUCGGAAUUAUUCUGCCGUUACAUGCCUUCUGUACAUGGUAGUCUGUAAUAAAUACUGACUCCUCUUGUCCCUCCCCCUGUGCGUGUGUCCAGGUGUUACAGAUCCUGGACCUGUACGCGCGUGUAUACGAGGAGCUGAUGGCCAUCCCCGUGGUAAAGGGCAGGAAGACUGAGAAGGAGAAGUUUGCCGGAGGUGACUACACCACCACGGUGGAGGCCUUCAUCUCUGCCAGUGGCAGAGCCAUCCAGGUACUCUUAAGGCUCGCACACAUCACACUGAAUGUGGAUCUAAUGUUGGUCUGCUGAUCGUAAAGCGUGUUUUUUUUUUAGGGACAACCCGCUGUAGACGUCUGGCUGACAAUUUUCUACUCGAUUCUACAUGUAAAAUCGGUGAGCACUCUCGGUUCGCAAAUUACGUUCAGAGGUGCUAAGUACUCUGCCAACGAAUAUCAAUAACGACCUAUUGUUGUGUCUGAGCCCUCCGACGCCCACCAGAUGCAUAUGCUUUUUGUUUUUCCGAAUGUCUUAGCUGCAUUUUCCGUACUUGACGCACAUGUGCUUCGCUUUUCAACUAGCUAAAAGCUAGCUAGUUGGAGUAUGUGUACAUCCGUUUGUACCACCACACGGUAAAGCAACGCACAAGUUAAAAAUAUUGAACGCAUGUGGUACACAGAACGCACCGCAGCCUAGUGUGACAUCCCCAACGCAGUGUUGCCAACUCCUCUGUAAGGAAAGUAGCUAUUGGCUGUCCUAAAUGUCGCUAAAUGACAUCAUCACCUACUUUGCAUAAUUGGCCAUGUGCAUGUAAUUGUCAUGGACGCUGUAGGAAAGAGGAAUGACGUCGUGGGAGAGACAAAAAGUGAGUAAAAAACACCCUAAAUUUACAUCCCGCCCUGAAUGUAAGCCAGGGCGGGAACAGCCAGCGGCGGCUUCCCGCAUGCGUGAUUCAUUUGCAGUCUGGACACGGAGGGGUGAACAUCUCCUGCUCUGACUGCAGCUGGGAGGGACUGCUGUGCGAGGACUGGGCCGCUUGUGAAUGCUUUGGGACGGGGGUGGGGCCCACGUCAGCAACCGCGGCAGCACCCGCUGCUCGUUGAGAACAGUAAGAACGGUACGUGCUUUCAUGUCAGAGUCUCCAAAAGUCUCCAAUAACACUAGAAAAAGUCGCUAGAUUUGUCACAAGUCGCUUUUUUGAAAAUGUGUCUCUAGAGGGGUCUGAAAACUCGCUAAAUAUAGCGACAAAGUCGUUAAGUUGGCAACACUGCCCCAACGUAGCAUUGUGGACUGCUCCAUUGACAAUUAAUGACUUCCGCCGGAACGCAUCUGGUGGGCAUGAAAAUUCCGGAUUGAGUCAGUGGUGUUUCAAUGUGAGUAGAUGUAAGCAGUAUGUAAAAUAGCUGGAGCCUUCAUAAGUGCUUAAGUCUAUCAGACCUGAAUUAAAAUCAAAUCAAAUUUUAUUUGCCACAUGCGCCGAAUACAACUGGUGUAGACCUUAAAGUGAAAUGCUUACUUAACCAACAAUGCCGUUUUUAAGAAAGAAAAAGUGUUAAGUAAAAAACUAGUAAAAAAUAGCAAAUAAUUAAAGAGCGGCAGUAUAAUAAAAUAACAGUAGGGAGGCUAUAUACAGGGGGUACCGGUACAGAGUCAAUGUGUGGGGGCACCGAUUAGUUGAGGUAAUUGAGAUAAUAUGUACAUGUGGGUAGAGUUAAAGUGACUAUGCAUAAAUAAUAAACAGAGUAGCAGCAGCGUAAAAGAGGGGGUUGGGGUGGGGGGGCAAUGCAAAUAGUCUGGCUAGCCAUGAUUAGCUGUUCAGGAGUCUUAUGGCUUGGGGGUAGAAGCUGUUAAGAAGCCUUUUGGACCUAGACUUGGCGCUCCGGUACCGCUUGCCGUGCAGUAGCAGAGAGCACACCGCCUGGUAUAGAGGUCCUGGAUGGCAGGAAGCUUGGCCCCAGUGAUGUAUUGGGCCGUACGCACUACCCUCUAGUGCCUUGCGAUCGAAGGCCAUACCAGGCGGUGACGCAACCAGUCAGGAUGCUCUCGAUGGUGCAGCUGUAGAAUUAAGCGCAUUUCUCAAGUAUUUGAAAGUCUUGUCAAAUUCAGUUUGUCCUCUACAAUGGACCGCAUUGGCCAAAAUGGCUGCCACAUUGAACCUGUACUUCAUGGACCUUACAUUCCUUUUCGAUGGCUGUUGGGGUUUUUGGAGAAAUGUCCUCUGGUCUGAUGAAACAAAAAUAGAACUGUUUGGCCAUAAUGACCGUCAUUAUGUUUGUAGAAAAAAGGGGGCAGCUUGCAAGCCAAAGAACACCAUCCCAACCGUGAAGCACGGGGGUGGCAGCAUCAUGCUGUGGGGGUGCUUUGCUGCAGGAGGGACUGGUGCACUUCACAAAAUAGAUGGCAUCAUGAGGAAGGAAAAUGAUGUGGAUAUAUUGAAGCAACAUCUCAAGACAUCAGUCAGGAAGUUAAAGCUUGGUCGCAAAUGGGUCUUCCAAAUGGACAAUGACCCCAAGCAUACUUCCAAAGUUGUGGCAAAAUGGCUUAAGGACAACAAAGUCAAGGUAUUGGAGUGGCCAUCACAAGGCACUGACCUUAAUCCUAUAGAACAUUUGUGGGCAGAACUGAAAAAGUGUGUGCGAGCAAGGAGGCCUACAAACCUGACUCAGUUACACCAGCUCUGUCAGUAGGAAUGGGCCAAAAUUUACCCAAGUUAUUGUGGGAAGCUUGUGGAAGGCUACCUGAAACGUUUGACCCAAGUUAAACAAUUUAAAGGCAAUGCUACCAAAUACUAAUUGAGUGUAUGUAAACUUCUGACCCACUGGGAAUGUGAUGAAAGAAAUGCUGAUUUUGUACGUUUGCCCACUGACAAAGAAAUGAUCAGUCUAUAAUUUUAAUGGUAGGUUUAUUUGAACAGUGAGAGACAGAAUAACAACUAAAAAAUCCAGAAAAACGCAUGUCAAAAAUGUUAUAAAUUGAUUUGCAUUUUCAUGAGGGAAAUAAGUAUUUGACCCCCUCUCAAUCAGAAAGAUUUCAUGAUUCCCAGGUGUCUUUUAUACAGGUAAUGAGCUGAGAUUAGGAGCACACUCUUAAAGGGAGUGCUCCUAAUCUCAGUUUGUUACCUGUAUAAAAGACACCUGUCCACAGAAGCAAUCAAUCAAUCAGAUUCCAAACUCUCCACCAUGGCCAAGACCAAAGAGCUCUCCAAGGAUGUCAGGGACAAGAUUGUAGACCUACACAAGGCUGGAAUGGGCUACAAGACCAUCGCCAAGCAGCUUGGUGAGAAGGUGACAACAGUUGGUGCGAUUAUUCGCAAAUGGAAGAAACACAACAUAACUGUCAAUCUCCCUUGGCCUGGGGCUCCAUGCAAGAUCUCACCUUGUGGAGUUGCAAUGAUCAUGAGAACUGUGAGGAAUCAGCCCAGAACUACACGGGAGGAUCUUGUCAAUGAUCUCAAGGCAGCUGGGACCAUAGUCACCAAGAAAACAAUUGGUAACACACUACGCCAUGAAGGACUGAAAUCCUGCAGCGCCCGCAAGGUCCCCCUGCUCAAGAAAGCACAUAUACAGGGCCGUCUGAAGUUUGCCAAUGAACAUCUGAAUGAUUCAGAGGAGAACUGGGUGAAAGUGCUGUGGUCAGAUGAGACCAAAAUCGAGCUCUUUGGCAUCAACUCAACUCGCCGUGUUUGGAGGAGGAGGAAUGCUGCCUAUGACCCCAAGAACACCAUCCCCACCGUCAAACAUGGAGGUGGAAACAUUAUGCUUUGGGGGUGUUUUUCUGCUAAGGGGACAGGACAACUUCACCGCAUCAAAGGGACGAUGGACGGGGCCAUGUACCGUCAAAUCUUGGAUGAGAACCUCCUUUCCUCAGCCAGGGCAUUGAAAAUGGGUCGUGGAUGGGUAUUCCAGCAUGACAAUAACCCAAAACACACGGCCAAGGCAACAAAGGAGUGGCUCAAGAAGAAGCACAUUAAGGUCCUGGAGUGGCCUAGCCAGUCUCCAGACCUUAAUCCCAUAGAAAAUCUGUGGAGGGAGCUGAAGGUUCGAGUUGCCAAACGUCAGCCUCGAAACCUUAAUGACUUGGAGAAGAUCUGCAAAGAGGAGUGGGACAAAAUCCCUCCUGAGAUGUGUGCAAACCUGGUGGCCAACUACAAGAAACGUCUGACCUCUGUGAUUACUAAGUCAUGUUUUGCAGAGUGGUCAAAUACUUAUUUCCCUCAUUAAAAUGCAAAUCAAACAUUUUUGACAUGCGUUUUUCUGGAUUAUUUUGUUGUUAUUCUGUCUCUCACUGCUCCAAUAAACCUACCAUUAAAAUUAUAGACUGAUCAUUUCUUUGUCAGUGGGCAAACGUACAAAAUCAGCAGGGGAUCAAAAAAUGUUUUCCCUCACUGUAACUCUGCAUCUUCUCCUGCUCCUCUUCUCACCCAGGUGAUCAUCAUCCCAUGUGGUAUCACGGCCUCCCUGCCCGAGGCUGAGGAGGCGGCUCUCCUGGCCCAGUGCUCCAAGUACCUGGCCCGGCUGCAGAGGGGAGAGAUCCGGGUCAAGGCAGACCUCUGAGAAAACUACUCCCCCGGCUGGAAGUUCAACCACUGGGAGCUCAAGGUAAAACCAAAUCAAAUCAAAUCAAAUUUUAUUGGCCACAUGCGCCAAAUACAACAGGUGCAGACAUUACAGUGAAAUGCUUACUUACCGCCCUUAACCAACAGUGCAUUUAUUUUUAAUAAAAAAAGUAGAAUAAAACAACAAAAUGUAUUGAGAUAAAAAGGGCAGAAGUAAAAUAAAAUAACAGUAGGGAGGCUAUAUAUACAGGGGGGUACCGGUGCAGAGUCAAUGUGCGGGGGCACCGGCUAGUUGAGGUAGUUGAAGUAAAAUGUACCACCACUCCUGGCCAUGUUUGGCUCAGUUUGUAAGAGCGUGGCUCUAGCCACGCCAGGGUCGUGGGUUUGAUUCCCGCUGGGGUCAUACACAAAAAAUGUAUGCACUCACUGUACUGUAUGUCUCUUUAAAGCAUUUGCUGAAUGGUGUAUAAUAUUAUAAUUUUAGGGGUUUGCAGCCUUGUCAAAUUCAGUGCUUCCUCUACAAUGGACCGUACUGGCCGAAAUGACUGCCACAAUGAACCUGUAGUCCAUGGGCCUCAUGUCCCAUUGUUCUACUGACAAUUAGUUGAUUUCAGGGAUAAACUUCUCGUCAGUCCAAUAUUAGGUGUCUAAUCGAAGGGAAACUUCUAACUCUAUUUCCAUCUCUCUCUUUUUCUCUUGCUCUUUCCCUCUCUCUUUCCCCCUCGUUCCCUCUUGUUCUCUCUUCCCCUCUCUCCUCUCUUUCCCUCUCCCCUCUCUCUUUCCCUCUCUCUCUUCCUCCCCCCUCUCCAUCCAUCCCUCUCUCUCUCUUCACCCCCUCUCUCCAUCCAUCCCUCUCUCUAAGGGUGUGCCCAUUCGUCUGGAGGUGGGUCCUAAGGACCUGAAGCAGUGUCAGUGUGUGGCCGUGAGGAGAGACACAGGGGAGAAGAUCACCCUGCCCGAGGCCGACACCGAGAAGAGGCUCACACAGCUACUGGAGGACAUCCAUACCAACCUCUUCAAGAGGUAGAAUGCAUGUACAUUCCCGUACGCAUACAAGUGUGUGGACACACACUGGAGGAAAUCAAGGCCAACCUCUAGGUACACCACACACAAAAGGUAUAAGAAUUAGCAGCAUAUACACAUGCUUCACACAUGCGCUCUCUCUCUCUCUCUCUCUCUCUCUCUCUCUCUCUCUCUCUCUCUCUCUCUCUCUCUCUCUCUCUCUCUCUCUCUCUCUCUCUCUCUCUCUCUCUCUCUCUCUCUCUCUCUCUCUCUCUCUCUCUCUCUCUCUCUCUCUCUCUCUCUCUCUCUCUCUCUCUGUGUGUGUGUCUCUCUCAGCUACUGCACAGGGGCUAAUGUACACCACACACACCCGUGUGACCUGUCAAAUCCUGGACUAAUAUCUCCUCUUUUUCUGUGUCGCAGGGCAUCAGACGACCUGAACAAACACAUGGUGGUAGCAGACUCUAUGGAACAGUUCCAGAAAGACCUGGACCAGGGCAGGGUGAGUUACAUUGUUUCUCUGUCGGCUUGUGUGGUCCAGCAGUUUCGGCCGCUCACCCCGGCACACAUGUAAGCCAGAGUCCGCAUGGGUUCGUAUUCCUCCCACUGCCCUUUGACUCACCCUUCCCCUAUCUUCUACAUUUCACACUGUACUAUCUCUUCAAUAAAGCUAAAGAAAACUGACAGGAGUGGGACUGCCCCACUUUCCAAAAAAUACUUCUAAAAAAUAAAAUGAUAUGAAGUCUUCACUUCUGGCUGGCUGGCUUAAGUAAUACAAACACACUGACCGUUUAUUUUUUAUUAUUUUAAUACAUUUUGGGGGAUGACCACAGAUUGUCCAGAUCCCCUUCUGUGGAGGAAUCGAGUGUGAAGACUGGAUCAAGAAGACCACUGCCAAGUACGUCUCACUCAAGUAUCACUCAAUGACCGUGAUGCAUGCUUUAUAAUCGCAUCAACAUGCAUUAUCGUCUCUUAGUGAAGUGUUACCAAAUGUAGAAUGACGCUGAAUAAAUGUCAACUCCCUAACUCCUAUCCUGUCUCUCUCUCUCUCUCCCCCUCUCCAGGGACCAGGAUCUGGAGCCCGUGCCCCCUCCAUGGGUGCAAAGAGCCUGUGUAUCCCCUUCAAGCCCCUCAAGCCCCUGCAGCCGGGCCAGAUGUGU